AGAUAGUCUAUAUACUAGACUUUUGAAUAAUUUAAUUGUUAAUUAUUGUAUAUUUAUGUCUUUCUUUUGUUGUUUGUGAGAAGAAUCCAACAAUUUCCGUAACUUCAAAUGGGUACACAUUUCCCUGUAAUCCCCAAACAUCUCAACUAUUAGUUUUAGCUUAAUUCAUCUGAAUUCACCGUAAUUUAUCUUAAUAUCAUAAAUUUUCCCGAUUGAUGCGAAUAUUUGAUGUUAGAAUUGGGAAAAUAAUUUUAUUGAUAUUGUAUAAUAUUAGUUUCGUUGUUUGUGAAGUGGAAUGCGAUGAUGAUCAUAAGUGCCAAGAAGGAUCGAAAUGUGUUAAAAUCACUUUAGGCCAAAAUAGUUACAAUUUAUGCGUUUGCGCCCCUGGAUUCACAGGCUGGGAUUGUUCAACUCCUAUCGAUUACUGUAAUAAACACUGUAGACCCCUACAAACCGGAGUUUCCUGUAAACACACACUCUGCAAUCAAGGACAAUGUAUAAAUUUGGAGGAGAGUCCCUAUUAUAGAUGUGAUUGCGGUGCAUUUUAUAAGGGCGAGAACUGUGAAAUUGAGGAUAACCCCUGUAGUUAUCAGCGUAAUAAUCCUUGCGGGAACGGAGAUUGCGAAUUCGUACCCGGAAUCUACCAAAUCAACUGUAAAUGCCAUCCCGGAUGGACCACCACACCUAACCAAAUCAAUACCAAAUAUACCUGGAAUGGUGUCGAUGUUCACAUGACUCCACCCUGUCUAGAGGAAUUGAAGAAAGGAAUAACUGGUAGUGCUCCGAUACUUGGCCCAAACGCUAAGGUAGCUUGGUACGUGGUUUUAAUAGUUUCUUGUAUUCUCUUUGUAUGGUUUACGGCGACGACACUCUAUGAAUUACUCGGGAAGAAAAAAGACUCGACCUGA